GCUGAAAAGCUGGAGGCUUGGGGUUGGGUGAUCCUCAGGUCACAGCUGCGCUCAUGGCACUGAGGAGGUGACCACACUGCUAAAGGUCUCUAUUGUCUUGUCAUCUCCUCUGACCCUGAGUGAGACUGAAGCCUUGUAUCUACAGACUGGAAAUAACACUUUCAGACCAUGUUAAAGACUAAGUUGAAUGUCCUAACUCUCCGUAAAGAGCCUCUCCCAACAGUGAUCUUCCACGAACCAGAAGCCAUUGAGCUGUGCACCACAACUCCCCUCAUGAAGACCCGGACUCACACUGGAUGCAAGGUUACAUAUUUGGGUAAGGUUUCCACAACAGGGAUGCAAUUUUUGUCGGGCUGCACGGAGAAACCAGUCAUUGAGUUAUGGAAGAAGCACACGCUCACCAGGGAGGAUGUUUACCCAGCUAAUGCCCUUCUGGAAAUUCGCCCUUUCCAAGUCUGGCUGCAUCAUCUGGACCUCAAAGGUGAGGCGACAGUCCACAUGGAUACCUUUCAGGUAGCACGUAUCGCCUACUGCACUGCUGACCACAACGUCAGCCCAAACAUCUUCGCUUGGGUCUAUCGGGAGAUCAACGAUGACUUGUCCUACCAGAUGGACUGCCAUGCUGUGGAGUGUGAGAGCAAGCUGGAGGCCAAGAAGCUGGCCCAUGCCAUGAUGGAGGCCUUUAAGAAGACUUUUCACAGCAUGAAAAGCGAUGGCCGGAUCCACAGGAACAGCUCGUCAGAGGAAGUGUCUCACGAAUUCGAGUCUGACGAUGGCUGACUGGACUCAUUCACGGUUCAGCAAAGGCAGAAACGGCUUAGGGAAUGAGAGCUGAUAGAAGAAUAAGCAACAAUUGAAACAGGGGAAUGAGAGGACUGCCAAACACUUGUCUGACCAGCUUUUUAAAUCAAAAGAGCAAUUUGGUACCUACAGAUAGGCAUCACUGAAGUAAUUAUGUUACAGUGAAAUCUGCUGCUGUUGUAAAAGUGAGAAAAAAAAUAUCUCUCCCCCACCUCUCCCACCCACUCAUCGCUGCCCCUUUUAGUUCAGGUGCACACCAUGAAGUACAGUCAUUCCUGUUUUUAUUGUAAGACUGGUCAGGCAAUUUUAUUAGUUGCUUCUUUGGCAUUCCUAGCUGCGGGCUGAUGCUGAUGCACAAGAGCAAGUAGACCUGGAAAGCCCUAAUGGUUCCUGAUGAAUCUUUCCCCAUGAUGCAUCACAAAAAUCCUUUGACCGUACGUAGGCUGAGACAGCCAUACAUAGCCUUUUAGACUAAUGGCCUGGCAUUCUGCAGUUAAUUCACAUUUCACAGAUAAAAAAUGAAAGAUGCUUGUAUGUACACAUUAUAUCAUAUGCUAUCCUUUAUUUUAUUCAUUGUACCUAUUUUCUUAGUAUACCUGCUGCCACAUCUUUCACCCAACACCAGUAGUUGCAGUUUCAGAACUGUGCACUGCAGGAUACCAAAAAGGGGGUGGGCUGAAACAGUCCCCGGUGGCUGGGGGUGUACAGCAGGUCAGCACUGCUAUCCGUGCGUUUUCCUUACCCUGACGUGCUCCACAGGAGGGGGCCCCACUGGGAAGAGCUGAGGGACACUUGGGUCUGCCAGUGUUUGAACUGUGACUUCUCAUCAACCUCAGGUCUGAAGUGCCACGAGCACGGGAGCCACGAGCCUGCGUUGCCGGGCACUGCUGGUCGAGUGGCCCCGCUGGGAUGGAGCUGGCAGUGCCUCCUGGCACAGCCAGGGCUGUGUUGCUGUAAAGAUCAAAGGAAACGGUCCCUUAGGAGCCAGGUUUGAACAGCUGUUCUGGUUGAGAACCUCGCGUUAAGAUUCCCGUAUCUUUCCUUGUUCACGGAUAUACAGUCAUGCCUUUCUUAAACGCAGAUGUUUAAUAAAACUCAACUAAAAGGAAAAAACUUGUUUCACUUGAUAUUUUUUUAAGGCCGAGAGCAGACUGAUAGUUUGCAAGUAACUCUGCUCCUUUGUACAACCUUGUUUGUAAUGAUGGUAAUGUUAGGGGCACUAGGGCACCUUACAGAAGCCUUAAAAGAAAGCUAACCCAAGCAGAUAGCUCCGUGUCUGUGUUUUGUGCAUCUUUUGUGCAUUUGUGUUUGUAUGUGAGGGUGUUUGUGCGAGUCCGGUGGAAAAGCAUGUACUCUGUGCACGGAGAUUCAUUGAGGAGGGCCCACGCCUCUUGAAAAUAUGCUUGUUGCUUUAUAAUGUAUGUAAAGGUUCCUCCAGCAUAAAUGCAUUCAUACUUUAAUAAUAAAAAAAAAGGUUUUGGGUUAAA